AAUUGUACAUUUUAUGGUGAUUUCAAGUUGUCCUCAAAUCCAACAACGUUUGAAGGUGCUGUGAAGGUUUAUCGUGAUCUUCCAAAGAUGCUUGGAGAAAAUGGAGAACAUGCAGUUCCUGUUAAAGUUUGGCUUUAUCCUCUGGAUAAACUGGACUCAAGAGCAGCCAAAUUUCAAAGAAACAUCUCUACAGAUCUAAUUAGAGCUGUGGAAUCUGUAAUUGAGGAUUUAAAUGUCACAUCAAUGAGAUGUGGUGACCUGAUGGACGACACAGUGGCAAAAACAUUUGGCACAUUUCACAAUCAAGUUCAGGACUUUCAGAAAUUCUGUACUGAGUAUAAACAAGAUUUCAUGAUCAAACUACAGUCCAUCCUGCCAGAAAUCCGAGGAGGUAAAACAGAUAUAAAAGACCUAAGUGAACUUCUAGAAGCCCACGAGAAGUCUCCUUUUAGAAGCCGUGAUGUCCUGCAGUGGAUAAUAAUGAAAGAAGAAAAAUCUAACCAAAUAAAAGCACUGCUAAAGCAGCUCAAGGAACUUGGAGCAGAAGUGGAUGCUGAUAGAGACAAAUUACUGUUAGACUUGAAAGUGGAGAAUCUGGUUUCUUACACUUUUACCUGUCUUCAGCACCCAGAGCCUCUCCUGACCCAACAAGAGAAGUACCUGAAACCUUCAACAGUAACAAAACCCAGUGAAAACACACUCAGUCUACAUCUUCAGGAAAAAUCAUGGACCCUUGAGGAGCUCAGGUGCAUGAAGAAUAAUUUGAAGAUUUUUAAGGAUUUGAUCAUUUUAAAUAAAAGUAACAAAAACACAAGGUUUAUUGUUGAGAGUGUGCCUCAAACACCAGAUAAACCCGGCUCCUGUGUUCUAAUAUAUGAAAAUGGAGGCACUGAAGUUACCCGUUUUGUUCCUCCAUCAAAACCAAAACCUCCAACUGUUGAAUAUGUCACAGAUAACAGCAUAAAGCUAAAGAUGAGCUCUUUGUGUGCUGCUACACUGAAGAUGCAACUACUUCACAAAAUGAAACAAGAGAAUAGCUGGAAAUCUCAGACUAUGAUUGAUGAGAGUGUUACACUGACGAAUCUUGAAGAAGGCACUGAUUAUGAAAUAAAAUGUGCCGCAAUAGGAAAAAUUGACUACAAGGUUGAGAGUGAUGUAACUGUAACAACUACUACAGACUCUAUGAUAAAAAGGCAUGAAGCUAAAAUUCACCAGGUGCUUGCACAGACAUUGUGGGGAACAGUGGAGCUAUCUGGAAGCCAGGAAGAAGAGGAUGCAUCUGAAUUUGAUGUUGCAAUAUGUAAAGCAUGUGAGAGAAAAAAAGAACUGGAAGAUUUUAAAAAGGAAAUAUUGGAAAAAAAAUCACUUCAAUUAUGUACAAAUAAUGAGUUAAUUAUCACAACAGAACUGAAGUUGGUGCUGUUUGGGGGAGAUAAAUCUACUAAUACUGCAGCAAAAAACAUGAUCAUUGGCAAAGUCGAAAUAAGUAAUGCAGCGGCAUCUACAGCUUCAGUCACCCAACAGAGUGAGAGCACACAGGUUAUAGCUGGGAUAAAGGUAAUGGAGGUGGACCUCGAUUCUCCUGAACUUUCUCUAGAGGAAUUGAGCGAGACUUUGGAACCACAAGCCUUUCUCCUAGUAAUACCUUUAAAGUACUUAGAAGACAAAGUGCUUAGUGAAGAUAAAACACAAAUGACACUCAGGAAGAGGGAGGAGAUUUUUGGAAUGAGAUAUCAGAGAUACACCAUGAUCCUUUUCACUGUUUCUGAUGAGCUGCAGAAGAAGAAGAUUGAGGAGUUUAUCCAGUCAAAAGACCAGAGACUAGAGAAGGUCCUAGAGAAAUGUGGGAACAGGUAUUACUGUCUUAACAUUAAGGAGAAUGGAGAUGGUACUCAAGUCUCAGAGCUGCUGAAGAACAUCGAGGAGAUGGUGGAAGGGAAUAGAAAUGGAUCUGAGAAAUAUCAGAUUAUUAGUAAUAUGAAGGAAAGACAUACCUGGAUUAGGAAAAUGCAAAGUCGAAUCCAUAAUGCUCUAGAAAAGUGUGUGCAGUUUGAUAAGGAGUUUGAAAAUGACCUAAAAUGGCUAGAGAGAAUUGACAAUAGUGAACCGCGAAGAAAAAUGGUUACCCACAUUAGAAGUAAAAAUAAGAUAAAAAUGGAGAUUGUGGUGCAAAUGAACAUUAUGUUUAAUACACAACCGACAGAAAACAGGCAGUUUAUUAGGACCAUUUUGCCAGGAAACCAGCAACCUAUAUGGCUUUCACUGCCAGAUGAAGAGACCGAAACCGAAAAGUACAAAAAGCUUCAGCAACUUGAAGAAAAGUUCUCAAAAAUAAUGGAAAGUAUAUAAUGAUAAAUGAUUUGUGAAGAUGAAAUUGGGUGGAGAAACUGGGCAAGAGCUGUCGUGAAGGUGAGAUCAUGAAUAUCCAAUAUCCAAUAUAUGUGACUGAAAAGAAAAUAAUCAAAUAGUCACUAAAGAUGUAUGUGUACAAAUCAAUAUGUUUUUCACAAUGUAACCUGUAUUACUAAUAAAUGCUUGAAUUUGGAUAUCACCAUA